UCUCUUCCAAGGUUUCUAAAAAAUCGUUUUGUCAGGGCGAGCGUUUAGAUCGCAACUAGCUGAUGUUCUGUGGUUGAACUUUCAGGACAGGGCGACUGUCAAUAACGGCAGAACACCGUGACGCGAGCUAAUGCUACAUGCUAACAUUAGUUUAUUCAUAACUGAACUCCUGUUUACCGGUUCUUCAGCCAACAAGCUGUUACAUUUUAACGUCGCUUCCUCCACACUGCGAGUUUGUGUCUCCUUUUACGAAUAGGUUAAGAAUUUCAAAAGUGUAUUAGCCAUUGAAGUUUCCUCGCUUUACAUAUCGACCAACGUUUGACAUUUGUCUGCAUUGGAAACGUUGAUUCAAACGGAUUAUCAUACCAACAAGUGUGGCUUGGAAUAAUUCCAGCGACUCUUGAGGACCUGGAGAGUAAAAAGGAGACUGUGACUGAAGACCCAGAGCACAAUGUCUACACCAGGUUCAUGAAAUCCCACCGCUGUUAUGACCUUGUUCCGACCAGCUCUAAGCUGGUGGUGUUUGACACAUCCCUGCAGGUCAAGAAGGCAUUUUUUGCACUUGUGUCCAAUGGAGUGAGAGCAGCGCCACUGUGGGACAGUAACAAGCAAUGCUUUGUUGGUAUGUUAACCAUCACAGACUUCAUAAACAUUCUUCACCGCUACUACAAGUCUCCCCUGGUUCAGAUUUAUGAGUUAGAAGAGCACAAAAUUGAAACAUGGAGAGAGGUUUAUCUUCAAGAUUCCUUUAAACCUCUGGUCAGCAUAUCACCAAAUGCAAGCUUGUAUGAUGCCGUUUCAUCGCUGCUGAAGAACAAGAUCCACAGGCUCCCGGUGAUCGACCCGCUGACGGGGAACACGCUCUACAUUUUGACACACAAAAGGAUUCUCAAAUUCCUGAAGCUCUUUAUAUCCGAGAUGCCCAAACCUUCUUUCUUAAGUCAGACCCUAGAGGAGUUGAAUAUUGGAACGUUCCGGAACAUAGCGGUGGUGCGCGCGGACACUCCUCUCUACACCGCGCUGGGGAUCUUCGUGGAGCAGCGAGUGUCUGCACUGCCGGUGGUGGACAGCAAAGGCCGAGUGGUCGACAUUUACUCCAAAUUUGACGUGAUAAACCUGGCAGCAGAGAAGACGUACAACAACCUGGACGUGACCGUCACCAAAGCUCUGCAGCACCGCUCGCAGUACUUCGAAGGAGUCCUGACCUGCAACAGGCACGAGAGCCUGGAGGCCAUCAUCAACCGCCUGGUGGAAGCCGAGGUGCACAGGUUGGUGGUGGUGGACGAGCAGGACGUUGUGAAGGGAAUCGUCUCCUUGUCGGACAUCCUGCAGGCGCUGGUGCUGACCGACGCGAAGGAGGGCCCCUAAAGCCCGGACUGUGCCGACGGAUGGAGCCCAGGCCCCAGAGGAGUGGAGCUGUGUUCUAGUAUUUAAAGGUUCAUCUGGCACAAACACACUAUUUCUGAUGCUACCGGCCAAACAUCCAAUUUGACAAAACCAGCAGCCAGAAGAACGGCUGAGUCCCCGCGUGACCAGCUGAGGGCCCGAACGCCAGAGAUCCAUCCAGAGUGAAAGAGGCCGUCCAUUGUUUGUCGGUGGUGUUGCGUGAGUCGGUCCCUCCUCCUCAAAUCAUGUUGGUUUCAAGUAUCUGUAGUGAGGAUCUGUGUGUGCGCAGCAAUUCCAACCCUUCACUGUCCACACAGCACCUACAUUUGGAAGGAGCUUAAAUGAAGCCUGUAUUUUUUUAACCAUCAAAAUGUGACUAUGAAAAGAUGUUUUUCUGAAGCACAAACUGAAACAAGGGCUCAGGUUCUGGUCUGUCAUCAGCCAGGUAGCGUCACGGAUGAACCGUCGCCAUGUUUAACCACCUCAUUUAUUAAUCUUUCGUCUCAAAAGGGAAUUUCUUCUCUCGUGUUUUACAUAAUUUGUCGAGGACUCGGUCGGUAUCUUGUGUGAGAGAACGUAAUCCACAUUCCUUAACUUCACCAGCAGCUUUUCCAAGUCACGUGUCCUGUGAACUCGACCAUGUAUGUGUGUGCGUGAGGCACUACUUAUUUACUGAAUCAUUGAAAGAUGGAGCAAUAAAAGUCUUCAGCUGGACCUUCCAGAAUGUCUCGGACUUACAAAUAAAAACAAAGAA